AUGUUCCUGGCACUAGAAAGAGACCAAGAACAGAAUAUUGAUAACUUUGUUAACGCAGAAGUCCUGUAUCUUUACGCCAGCUAUUAUCCUAUUACUGUUUAUAUCGAGAAUCCUGAUAAUCCUAAUACCAAUAUACUAUAUAAAGGAUACUCGGCUGAAUCUAAGCAAGUUGGUUCUAGACCAAGAGGAAGACCAGCAACGCAAAAGCUCCGAAUCGCCUUUAUAAACCUACUAUUGUUAUACAACCGCUAUUGCUUUUUGAUAAAUAGUAUAUUAACACAACUCAAAUACCCCCAGAGGACGGCGAAGGUAUUGUCAUUCAGGCAAGAGAUUCUGUCAGCAGAUAGCCAGAAGUAA